CAAUAGGUACUGCUAGCGAUGGGGGAUGUAGAGGAGAUAGCUAUAGUCGGUAUUGGCUGCCGAUUUCCAGGCGCCAAUAACAUUAAAGAAUUUUGGAAAGUGUUGGUGAACGGAGAGAACCAUGUGAAUGAGAUACCGAAGGACAGGUGGAACCUGGACGCAAUCUACGACCCUGAUCCGGAUGCUUACGGGAAAACCUAUGUCCGCCGAGCAGGACUUUUGUCUAAACAUGAUAUUUGGGACAAUGCCUUUUUCGGCAUUGCUGAGAAAGAGGCCUCAGAAAUGGACCCCCAGCAGCGAUACGUGCUGGAAUGUGUGCACAUGGCGCUGGAGGAUGGCGGGAUCACACGAGCAGAGAUUGAUGGUUCGCCCACGAGUGUUUAUAUUGGUGCCAUGAACAGUGAUUCAAAGACAUCUAAGGACGGGGACUAUUCGCUGAUGACAAACUACUCUGUGACUGGCGACGCCGCCAGCAUCAUCACUGCUCGCGUGUCGUACAACUACAACCUGCUGGGUCCUUCACUUACCAUUGACACCGCCUGUUCCUCGUCACUAGUGGCCGUCAACCUCGCAACACAGUCCCUGAGACUUGGCGAGUCUUCCAUGGCGAUAUGUGGCGGUGUCAACAGUAUUCUGUAUCCAGACAUGUUCGUCACUCUGACGAAAGCCCGGAUGGCGUCACCUACCGGCCAGUGUCAAGCCUUCUCCGCUAACGCUGAUGGUUACGCCCGGGGAGAAGGAUGUGGCAUCGUCAUACUAGAGAGGCUAAGUGAUGCCCGGAAGAAUGGCAGGCACAUAUGGGCGACCAUCCGUACGGGCUGCAACCAGGAUGGACAGACUGCAAAACCAAUUACUGCGCCAUCCGAGAUCCAACAGAGUCGACUUCUUCAUGAUAUGUAUCUGGAUUCCUACAACAUCGACCCCAGUGAUGUCCAGUACAUAGAGGCACACGGUACCGGUACGCCUAUCGGUGACCCCGUUGAAGUCAACAGUCUUGGUAGCUUCUUUAAAGAUUAUCCGAUACAGCAUGAGGACGUGACAGAACAGCGAUUCAUCGGGUCCGUCAAAACCAACAUCGGACAUCUCGAAUCUGGAGCUGGAGCUGCAAGUAUCAUCAAGACACUUUUAAUGAUGAAGUAUGGGAAAAUUGUACCAUCCCUUCAUUCAAUUCCUCGAAAUCCUAGGAUAAACUUUGAGAAAUAUGAACUCGAU